GGCGCGCGCCUGCUGGCCGGCGGCGGCAGCGCGGGGCUGCGCGGAGCGCCCGUCCCAAUGGCGGCGCUGAAGUACGCGGGGCUGGAGGACACGGACAGCGAGGAGGAGCUGCCGCCGGGCUGGGAGGAGCGCACCACCAAGGACGGCUGGGUUUACUACGCGAACCACCUGGAAGAAAAAACACAGUGGGAACAUCCUAAGUCUGGGAAGAGGAAACGUGUUGCAGGAGGUCUGCCAUACGGAUGGGAGCAGGAGACUGAUGAAAAUGGACAAGUCUAUUUUGUAGACCACAUAAACAAAAGGACUACCUACCUUGACCCAAGACUGGCCUUUACAGUUGAAGAUAAUCCGGUAAAACCUACCACUAGACAAAAAUAUGAUGGAAACAGUACUGCAAUGGAAAUACUCCAGGGUCGUGACUUGAGUGGAAAAGUGGUUAUAAUCACGGGAGCAAAUUCAGGAAUAGGUUUUGAAACUGCAAAGUCUCUUGCACUACAUGGGGCAUAUGUUAUCCUGGCCUGCAGAAAUACGUCAAGAGGCAAUGACGCUGUACAACGCAUUCUUGUGGAAUGGCAUAAAGCCAAGGUAGAAGCAAUGACCUUAGACCUUGCUUCUCUUCAGAGUGUGCAGCACUUUGCUGAAGCAUUCAAAUCCAAGAAUGUGCCUCUUCACAUCCUGAUCUGCAAUGCUGCCGUGUUUGGUGCUCCCUGGUGCUUGACGGAGGAUGACCUGGAGUCCACCUUCCAGGUGAACCACUUGGGACAUUUCUAUCUUGUCCAGCUUCUGGAAGACGUUUUACGCCGGUCAUCUCCUGCUAGGGUUGUGAUGGUGUCCUCUGAAUCACACAGAUUUACAGAAAUUAAAGACUCCUCUGGAAAACUUGAUUUCAGCCUGCUUUCUCCAUCUAAGAAGGAGUAUUGGGCUAUGUUGGCCUACAAUCGUUCCAAGCUUUGCAAUAUACUGUUCUCCAAUGAGCUGAACCGACGCCUUUCUCCCCAUGGGGUGACGUCUAAUUCAGUCCAUCCUGGAAAUAUGAUUUACUCCUCCAUUCAUCGUAACUGGUGGGUGUAUACCCUGCUGUUUACCUUGGCUCGACCUUUCACCAAAUCCAUGGGAGAAGAGAGAAAAGGUGUGGUAAGAGGAAAACCAUCUAAGAGGUGUCAGCAACAAGGAGCUGCCACAACUGUCUACUGCGCCACGGCUGCGGAGCUGGAGGGCCUGGGAGGGAUGUACUUCAACAACUGCUGCCGCUGCCUGCCGUCGCAGGAGGCGCAGGGCGAAGCGACGGCCGCGGCCCUGUGGGAGCUGAGCGAGAGGCUGAUCCAAGAACGAAUUGGCAGGCAGUCCAAAUAACAGGGAGCUCCUGGAAGGAUCAAAACACACGAGUGUGUGCACGCUGAAAACUGCCAACACUGGAACCUGUCCAAUCUUAUCAUCUAGAGGGUUUCCAUAUACCUCAGAUACAGAUUAACCAGUGUUAAAUGAAAUAAUAGCAGUCACAACAUAGUGAAAAAUGUUAAGUACUAAUGGGAAAUGGGGAAUACUGCAGGUUAAAGGGACAAUGCGGCUUCCUGGGGCUUAGUUAGUCUUGGUUCUCUUUCUUUUGAUUAUAGCCUGUUCAAAGUGUAACCCAAGGAGGCAUCUUUUGUCUUAUUUUAGAAAAGCAAUGCUGCAGAUAUUUUCUGUUGUUUUGAUUAAUGGGUAGGUACGUAGCCCGAUAUGGGAUUUCCUCUUUAUUUUGAUAAUUACUGUCUGUUAGGCUUUAGGUAUUGAUUGGGAGAUGGUAGCUGUGUUGAUUCUUUUUCCCUACAAGGAUUUUAUUGGGUGUGGCAAAUAAAAAGAUAAUUAAGGAAAGAAAUCUUUCCUGCCCUUAACUGCUGGCUGCAAAUACAUCUGCGCUGUCUAGAAAAGAAGGUGCAAGAAGACAUCUGAACAGAAAUGGUAAAGUCACAGCUAAUUAAGUAUUUCUGAUUUUUUCUUAAAAGAUUAUAAUAAAAGAUAUGUUGUAAACCAUUCCCUAAAUACCGUUGAGUUAGCAAAGAUGAUGUUGUCUCCUUAAGAACACACAGAGCGUAAUCAGGGGUUUAAAUGGUAUUUCCAUCCAUUUCUCAGUUCACAGUUUUAAGGAGUUUUUUUCUUUGAAAGUUCACAGUUUCUCAGUUCUCCUGAUACUGUAUCCCAUUCCAAAUCUCUCUUUUUUUCCUUCAGUUUAAAUUCAAUAAAACAACAUGCUUGCUUGAA